UCAUUUAUGUGGACCCUACAAUAGUGAUCGGAUAUGCGAACAACGCAAAAAACUAAACCCAAGCAGUAUUAUGGAAAUAUAGAUUUUACCUGGUAAGAUGUUGUAUAGAAUCAGUACAAAAUUUGAAAAAGGGCCUUUCCAGGUAGUAUUCUAGGAAAGAACGUGAUUAAAAACCAAUACAGGUAGGCUCGGCAUAUCGGUUGUGGUUAAUUUGACAAAUACACUGAUUGGCAGUCGUCGGCUGGUAUUCUUCAGGCAUAAUAAGUCACUUUUCCUUUUCUAAUUUUGUAAUUGGCCGCUAGUUUCCCGCGCACGAACACAUCUGGCUCGUCGAUAAGCUGACGGAGCAUCGACCGUUGUUUGCAACGUAGGGAGUGGCGGCUUACAGAACCAAUACGUACCGUGUUCCCGUGUUGUGCCAGACGACCAUUGGUCUACAAUUCGCCGACCAAUCAUUGGGAAAGUGCACACUAAAAUAUCCAAUUGAGUCCAGACUCCAACCAUGGAGCAACAGAUAACGACAACGGCAGAUGGACAAGUAGUGAUACAACCUAUACAGGGUGUUGCCCCACAACAGGUGCAAGUGAUGCAAAUGAAUGCAGGACAAGUUCUUCAAGGUGCCAAUGGACAACAGAUAAUGGUGCAUGCGUUGCCAUCCGGCGGUCAAAUCCAAGUGGCCGCGCCAAGUGGUACGCAGGGUCUUCAACAAAUCCAAGUGGUUCCAGUCAGCAGCCUCCAACAGGGUCAAGUGUUGAUACAGCCUCAGCAGCAAACAGCUCAACUUGUACAGACAGCAGACGGCCAGACGUUUCUGUAUCAACCUGUCGCGAUAGAGGGCGCUGGCAUGCAACAGGCUGCACCUACUGUGUUAAAUAUCAACGGUAACUUAGUUCAAAUCGCCAGUACGGCUCAACCAGCUGCACCGGCGGCGCAAUCAACGACAGUCGCCUCCCCACCUCCUCAAGUUGUGCCACAAACUAUCACCGCUACUUCGCCGAAUCAGUUAGCCAUGGCCAAUGGAAAUCUAGUCAUGAUGGUGCCAAGCAGUACCGGCGGACAGCAAUUCCAAAGAGUACAAAUACCGGGUACGGAAUUUUUAGAGGAGGAACCACUUUACGUGAACGCCAAGCAAUAUAGGAGGAUACUCAAACGACGGCAAGCUAGAGCGAAGUUAGAAGCUGAAGGAAAAAUACCCAAGGAACGACCCAAAUAUCUACAUGAAUCUAGACACCGCCACGCAAUGAAUAGGAUAAGAGGAGAGGGUGGUAGAUUUCAUUCUGGAUCAGUCAAAAAACGAAGAGAGGAAGAGAUAGCUCGACGACAACACGCGUCGCACCAACACAACUCACAGCAACAACAACAGCAACAUACAGAUCAACAGCAACAGCAUCACCAACAUCAACAGACGCAUCAAGUCCAGGGUACGAUUGGCGUUUCGUACGGCAGCAUCGAUAUGGGUGGACAAAUCAUCAUUGAGGGUGUUAUGCCGGACAUGAUAAAACCAGACCCUCUAUCGAUAGAAGGGAAUUAGCAUCUUGUUAGUUGUUUCAUUUAAAUUAUAUUGUAAAUAUGUUUUAUAUUUCUUUAUGUGAUGCAAUAGCCUAAGUUUUUUUAUAUGUUGUUAUUUAACGUUCGACUGAUCGUACACUAUAAUUAGUAAUACAUUGUUUAAUAAAGCUCAGUUUUUAUAAAAA